GACUUAGCAAACGUUCAACAGUGUUAUGCGGCGAGCGUUUGCCAUGAUUCUUUUCGGCUUGAAUCGACUAGCAAUAAAUGCAUUUCAUAUAAUAACAUUUAUGGUUUCAGAUACGCAUAAUCUCCACAAUGGCGUGGAGAUUACUAAAACCUACUCACGGUGAAAAUUCACACUGGAGGAGGACUCAAUCCGGCUGCCUUUGAGGUUCAAACAAGCUUCUUCGUCUUGAUUUCUGUUAAGAAUUGUGGAUUGUGGUAAAGUUUAGGAAGUUUUAUCAUGAAGAGUAAAGAGCGACUGGCUAAUUUGGCCCUAGCAGGCUUGACCUUGGCUCCACUCUUAGUUAAUGUGAAUCCAAAUUUGAACGUGAUCUUGACAGCUUCCCUUACGGUGUAUGUGGGUUGCUACCGUUCAGUAAAGCCAACUCCACCAUCAGAGACAAUUUCCAAUGAACAUGCAAUGCGGUUUCCAUUAGUUGGGAGUGCAAUGCUGCUCUCGCUGUUUCUGCUUUUCAAGUUUGUAUCAAAAGACUUGGUUAAUGCUGUUUUGACAUGUUAUUUUUUUGUGCUUGGCACUGUUGCUCUUUCGGCAACAUUGUUACCUGCAGUAAAAAAAUUUAUGCCUGAAUCCUGGAACAAUAAUCUCAUCGUAUGGCGCUUCCCAUAUGUCAAGUCUUUGGAGGUCGAAUUCACAAAAUCACAAAUCGUUGCCGGAAUUCCUGGCGCCUUCUUCUGUGCAUGGUACGCUUCAAACAAGCAUUGGCUAGCAAACAAUAUCUUGGGCCUCGCUUUCUGCAUUCAGGGAAUCGAAAUGCUUUCGCUUGGAUCAUUUAAGACCGGAGCCAUUCUCUUGGCCGGGCUCUUUGUAUACGACAUUUUCUGGGUCUUCUUCACACCGGUGAUGGUUAGCGUCGCAAAAUCUUUUGAUGCUCCUAUAAAGCUCUUAUUCCCAACUUCAAAUUCUUCGCGCCCAUUUUCAAUGCUAGGACUCGGUGAUAUUGUCAUUCCUGCUGCAUUUCUUUCAGGAAUUUUUGUAGCGUUGGCGCUAAGAUUCGACGUCUCCAGGGGGCAUGAGAGCCGAUAUUUCAGGAGCACAUUUGUUGGAUACACUGCCGGUUUGGCCCUCACCAUCUUUGUAAUGAACUGGUUUCAAGCAGCUCAGCCUGCAUUGUUGUACAUUGUCCCUGCUGUUAUCGGAUUUUUAGCUGCACAUUGCAUCUGGAAUGGCGACGUCAAACAUUUGCUGGAAUUCGAAGAGACCAAAGCAACAAUCUCAGGAAAAACAGACUCCGGCAAGAAAGAUGAAUGAGAAUCGACAGAUCGAUCUGAGGUAAGAGAAAACUAGAAUUCCAUUAAUUCUUACUUACAGAAAUAUGGAACAUCGAUUGAGUAGAAUCAUGCAGAAACAGAUUGUCUUGUACAAGGUUUUGUUCAUCACCACCAUCAUACAUUAUGUUUGUCUGAACGUUUUCUCAUCUUGUGUCGGUAUAUAUUUACUCUUUAGUCCA